AUGGCUCCUCUGACGCUCCUUCUUGUUCUGCUGUGGGUCGGUACCACAGUGAGCACAGUGGUGGACGUGCACAAAAGAAUCAUUGGAGGUGAAGAUUGUAACCCAACAGAGCGUCUGUAUCACGUGAAAGUGACCUCCUCCAAUAGAACUCAUCGGACCCUCUGUGGAGGCUCUCUGAUCAAUGACCAGUGGGUUCUGACUGUGGCUCACUGCUGGAAGAAAGGAUUCAAUUUGUCAGUCGUUUUAGGGGUGCAUCCAGGUCCAGGAGAGAAAGUGGACAUAACUACAGAACCUGAGAUCUAUAGAAAGAGACACAUCUUCAGAAAGAAGAUCCAUGACAUCAUGUUACUGAGGCUACCUGUAACAACACAAAUUGAGCCUAUAGAUCUUGCUGACUGCAAUGCAAAACCAGAACUGGGUGACAAAGACCUUUCAGGGGUGCACGGGCCACCCCAGGCCCCCCAGGCCCCCGUCACCCUCCAAAUCGACACUAUGGGGCAUGAGGUGCAGAUUGCAGGACAUGCCUCCACCCGCACGGGCAAUAACAAAGAAAGAAUAACUGGUGAAUCUCGAACUCUUCAGUGUGUAAAUGUAAACACUGUUGACUGCACUAGGCUCAGAGAACUUAAAAAGGACACACCACGUAAUUACCAGCACUGGUUCUGUGGUCAAGCUGAUGGAAAGGAUUCAUCUCGUGGUGACUCUGGUGGAGGAGUCGUGUACAAUGGCCAGAUCUACGGUGUAAUCAGCUUCACCGGGGACCCUGUAUACGCAACUAAAGAAGCAAUUGGAUUCAUAGACCUUUGUCAUCCAGGCUAUUUACAGUGGAUUGAAACAACUAUUGCUACUCCAGAGAGAAAACAAAUGUGACACCGCAACUGUGCACUAAGCCCUGUUUUCUAUGAAAAGCUGAAGCUGAAUCUGAAUCUAGAGAUACGAUAAAUAUAGGAACAUUUUGGUGUUCGGGAUGUAUGUAUUCAGGUCAAGAAUGUAGAUUUCUGUUUUUCUAGGAAAAGCCUUAACACUCAGGUUCACGUCAUUGUUCAAGUCAUUGGGGACGUAGCUACAAAAGUCGAUCAUUUAAUUACGACAAAUGAGCUCAUCCAAAACAAUUGACACUUGAAAAUGCACCUAUAUUAUAUUUACGACCUAUUAUCCUGGAGUGAAC